CUUGGCCUCUUAGUUUCUGAUUCAUACUCAAUGGCCGCCGAAACUUGGACUUACCCAUGAAAUUCCUCGUGAGCCGAGAUGAGUUCUGAUUGAUCAGUGAUCGCAUUGAUAUACACUGUGUUACAUACGGCGAAUACCUGUGCUUAUAGCUUUCUCUGUUCACGGAAACUCUAGUACUACGGGUCGCUCUGUCGGCCGCAUCAUUCUUAGGUAUCUCAUGGGCUGAAACUCGCUCUCAAGUGAACUUGAUCAUGCACCCGGGCAGACAAGCGACUGACUCUAGGGAUUCCAAUCCUCAGGAUACGGAUGCAAGAGCAGUUUCCCAGGAAACUUCAGAUGAAAAUUGGCGAACGCCAGCAAAACCCAAGGAACGAGACGGUCCUCAAUUUCGGGCCGUCAUUAUUGGAAUCGAUGCAUAUCCAGACUAUCCUUUAUAUGGUUGCGUAUCGGAUGCAGAACUGAUGGAGAAAUAUCUUAUCGAGGACCUCGGUGUUCCCAGUGGUCACAUACAGCGCCUUCUGGGUCCUACAGGGGAGAAGACUAUCGACAAUUCUAUCAGUCCUACUCGCGCCAACAUUAUCAGGACACUUUACAGCCUCAUUGACAGUCCUGAUAUCGUCAAUGGAGACAAUAUCAUUGUCUACUUUGCAGGAGAUGGCGCGCUCUACGAUGCCGAGGAAUACUAUCGUAACAAGGUGCCUCCGGGGGUCUCUGUUGCAUCAAUCAGGCCUAUCAAGGCGCUAUGCCCUAUGGACCGCGGAUCUCUCGACGACACAGGGUCCGAAAUCCUUGACAUUUGCGACCGAGAAAUCGACGCCAUUUUCAACCAAAUCUCUGAGGAAAAAGGCCACAAGCUCACGCUCAUCCUGGAUUGCGCUUACUCGCGUCCGAGAAUUAGAUACGCCUCUCCGCUGGGAACACGCCGCUCACAGCGCAAUAAGGCCCCGCUCCCACCUCAUACGAUUGAGCCUAUGCUCGAAGGCGCGCAUCAGCGCUUGUCAGUCUUUCCUCAGUAUCAUGCCCGCCAUUCAGUAGUCGCGUAUGACUGGCAGCCGGACAUGAGUUCGCACGUAGUUUUGGCCGCGUGUCAGGAGUAUCACUAUGCGCGGGAAGAAGAGGACGACGAAGGGGUAAUUCAUGGCGUUUGCACAAAGUUACUCGUGGAUGCUUUGAGGUCAAGACACUCGAGAAAAUCCACUUACGUUGGUCUCAUGAGCAGGCUUCCCACGAUGCCCUUUGUCAUUGGAGAUCACAAGGAUGAAGCAAUCUGGUACCAAGAAUGAGUGUCGACCGACUUUCCUCAUCAUUGCUAGGUUGCAGUUUAUUUCAUCGUCAAAAAUAGUUUUACUCAUACGUUUCCUACAUUUACUGAUGUUUCCAGUUGUAUUAUAUUCUAUAUGCUUAGCUUUACCUCUCUCUUCAAAGUUUGAACAUCGCCUGAGGUUGUUCGUACUCUCAUCAGCGCUCCUCUAUA